GCACUAAAAGUCGUGGUUUAAUUAAUUAUUUUGUUUUAUUUUUUAUUUUUUUUUUAGUUAAGAAUAUAUACUAUAAACUGUUAAAAUUUUUAAUAAUUAAUAUCAAAUUUUGUAUACAUAAAAUCGGGUUAAUUACAAUCGAUUACAACAAUGUGGUGAUAAUUAAAUAUUUAAAUUGAAUAUUUAAUUAUUGGAGCUGGAGAAGAUUAAAAAGGUUAAACAGCAGGUGGUGGCAGUGGUGGCUUUGGAUGGAUACGAUGAACGCUAACACGAAUCAUGCAAAAUAUAAUUAUAAAAGUCAUCGGACGGUUGAAGAAGGUGCCUUUGACUCGAGGAAAAUUAAAAAAGAGUCUAAUGAGAUUAUUUGUGGAGAAAUUGAUAGUGGAAGCUACGAUACUGGAGCAUCUACAACAACAACAACAACAACAACAACAACAACAACUAGUACGGCAACUACAACUACCUCAACACCAACGCAAAUUUCGACAACCCCAUUAUCAUCAAAUAAUUUAAUUAAUGAUGAUCAUUCAUCUGCAAUAACCCGUGAACGCAGUACAAAUAGUUCACGACAGUCCAAUGGUUUUCAUCCCGAUCUUCAGGAGAUUAUUGCUGCUAAAUUAAAUACCAACUCACAUGGAUUGUCAUUGGCAGCUAAAAAUGAUAAAAUACGUCAUCUUAUUGAGGAUAGUAUCAGUGAGGAAUCUAAACUACGAGUUGACGAAAUUUAUCUUCAAGUUGAACAGCUUAAGGUGGAUGAAAAGUUACUGUUGUACCUGAAAUUGCCAGCAUUAUUGACAAAUCCUAGUGGUACGGUUGAUCCAUUGAGACAACCAUUAAAUCCUCUUGGUAAUCGUUAUGAAAUUCAUCAGACUAUUAUGUGGAUUAAAACACAUUUGGAAGAAGAUCCUGAAGUCUCUUUGCCAAAACAAGAAGUUUAUGAUGAAUACAAUUGCUUUGGCGCCAGAAAUGGAACAAGAAAGCGGGCGAUAAAAAAACAAUGAUGGCCGAUGCUUGCUGUUGUCAUGAAAACAAUGAUGGCCGCCGGAGUUUCGAGUUUUUGACUAUUGCCACGGCAGCACUGGGCCAAAUUUAAGAAUGAAAUACGUUUUUAUUAGUAUAGUAAAUUUUCUGAAUAUUAAUUAUAUCUUAAAAAUUAAAUAAGUUUUAUGAAACGAUUGUACUGUAAAUAAGUAUUUAACAGUUUUAAUUGAUAAAAAAAGUGUCAAUUAAUAUUUUCAAUAAAAUAUUAUUUUUAAUAAA